AUGAAACAGCUGGGGAAUGUUUGAGCUUCAGCUCAGUUCAAUCCGGUCAAGUGCUGUGCCAUCCACUGACCACAGGCCACAGAGCAAGUUCACCCUGAUUAACAUCGCACAAAGUAGCAAUGAAAAGCAGCAACCAGAAACCACUAACUCAGCGCAAUAUGAACAGCAGAGUCCAGUCCAUCAAGUCGAUCAAACCUUGCCCCAGACCCAAGACUCCAGCACCAUCCUUCAGCUGUAUUAAUCACCAAAAAGAAAAGAUUUAGUGGUGGCUUUUCUAAGUUUGCUGAUGUUGCAGAGGAGGAAACUACAAAAGUACAUGCCCCUUGAUGGGGAGUUCAUUCUCAGUCACAGUGCUGGAUUUGCUGCAAGUGAUGGUCAGAUUGAACCAGGAUGUGAAAGAGGUGAAGAUAUCACUUUCAAUGAUCCUGAUCAGUAUAAGUGGUAUGAUCCCAAAUAUUGGCAGACAAUUUUAUCAAAAAGUGAGUUGGAAAAAAACAAAUACACCUUUACUUUGGACGAAGAAAGUGUCCCUUGCCAACAUGAUGAUGUUGUCUUUCAACCUGGAACAUCUUUCCGUGUGGAUUUGGACGCACAGUAUAUUAAUGUUAAAACUAUUUCUCUAAUGAAUAGGAAAUUUAUUAGUAGUGGAGAUUUUAAUAAUUACAAACAGUCAAACACUGGAAGACUGCAGUUCCAUGGAAAUGCCUCUGUCGCUGUGACCAACACCAAGUGUGAAGAUAAAUCUGGCUGUGAAUGUGGUAAUUCUGAUAACCAAAGGAGGAUUUGUUCUAAUUUGCAACAAGAUUUCAGAAGCUAUUGUGCAGAUCUUGAUUGUACAAACCCCUUAAAGCCUCAAGGACACUGCUGUGAGAUUUGUGGUGCCAUUAUUUACUUACAAUAUGAUGAUCGGUUUGAUCUGGAAUUAUACAGAACACAACUCAUCAAUUCGUUCCUUGGCUUGGGUGACAACAAAGGUGUGCAGAUGUCCAUGACAAAAGUUUACAAAGAACAUUUUUCCAAGCAAACUAUCCCCAGUGAUGCAAUUCCCCAUAUCCAGAUCGUUUUAAUUGACAAUGCGACCAAUACAGGAACACUUGCCAUUCGAUUGGCACAGGAGAUCAUGACAGACAUCACUUCUCAAGGUAAUGCAUUUGGGAUUGUGAGCGCUGAGCUCAAAAUAAACACCAACAUUGAAGAACAAGACGGAAGAAACAGCGCUAGAAAAAUCACAGGCAUUGUGGUUGGUGUUCUUGUUGCUGCCUCGUUAGCUGGAAGCCUGACGUUCUUCAUCAUUUCAGGAAGAAUCAGAGUCAAAAGUCCAUCGGCUCUCAUCAAUUUCAAGAAUAGUUUUAGGUGUGCUGCUGCAGAAACUGUUGAUAAGGGAUUCAGCAAUCCAGUGUAUGAUCCACAAGAAUCAUGCGGUCAUUACCCUGGAGAUCAUGCAAUAGACAUUGUCCCACGUCAAGCAGGCAUCAGUGUUAUUACUCCACCAUCUGAUGGACGUGAUUUUGGAGAGCAAGACUGUUGACAUGUUGUCCCAUGCAUGAAUUAAUUUUUAAUGUAUUAAAAAGAAUUUAACUUGGUGGUCAUUUGCAGGUCAGUGUAUUCCUGUAAACCAAAAGUGUGGUAAAAUGGUAGUCACUGUUAACUUCAUUCUCAGACCUAUCUGAAUUAAAGCUUUCUCACGUGUUAAUUACACAUACAAAAUGCUGAAAGUACUGUGAACAGGCAAAUUACCAUCAUGUGUAUUGUUCCAGAUUUCCAGCAUCUACGGGUUUUCUCAGAAUCAGAAUCAGGUUUAUUAUCACCAACAUGUGAUGUGAAAUUUGUUAACUUAGCAGCAGCUGCUCAAUGCAAUACAUAAUCCAGCAGAGAAAAAAAAGAUAAAAUAAAACAAUAAUAAUAAAGUAAAUCAAUUACAUAUAUUGAACAGAUUUUUAAAAAACAUGCUAAAAGAGAAAUACUGUAUAUUUUUUAAAAAGUGAGGUAGUGUUCAAAGCUUCAAUGUCCAUUUAGGAAUCGGAUGGCAGAGGGGAAGAAGCUGUUUGUGAAUCGCUGAGUGUGUGCCUUCAGGCUUCUGUACCUUCUACAUGAUGGUAACAGUGAGAAAAGGGCAUGCCCUGGGUGCUGGAGAUCCUUAAUAAUGGACGUUGUCUUUCUGAGACACCACUCCCUAAAGAUGUCCUGGGUAGUUUGUAGGCUAGAGAUUUACAAUCUUCUGCAGCUUCUUUCAGUCCUAUGCAGUAGCCCCUCCAUACCAGACAGUGAUGCAGCCUGUCAGAAUGCUCUCCACAGUACAUCUACAGAAGCUUUUGAGUGUAUUUGUUGACAUGCCAAAUCUCUUCAAACUCCUAAUAAAGUAUAGCCGCUGUCUUGCCUUCUUUAUAACUACAUUGAUAUGUUGGGACCAGGUUAGAUCCUUAGAGGUCUUGACACCUAGGAACUUGAAGCUGCUCACUCUCUCCACUUCUGAUCCCUCUAUGAGGAUUGGUAUGUGUUCCUUCGCCUUGCCCUUCCUGAAGUCCACAAUCGACUCUUUUGUCUUACUGACGUUGAGUGCCAGGUUGUUGCUGCAGCACCACUCCACUAGCUGGCAUAUCUCACUCCUGUACGCCCUCUUGUCACCACCUGAGAUUCUACCAACAAUGGUUGUAUCGUCAGCAAAAAAUUUAUAGAUGGUGUUUGAGCUAUACCUAGCCACACAGUCAUGUGUGUAUACAGAGAGUAGAGCAGUGGGCUAAGCACACACCUCUGAGGUGCGCCAGUGCUGAUCGUCAGCGAGGAGGAUAUGUUAUCACCAAUCUGCACAGACGUGGUCUUCCGGUUGGGACGUUGAAGAUCCAAUUGCAGAGGGAGGUACGGAGGCCCAGGUUCUGCAACUUCUUGCGUCUCUUGUGUGGUAGUGAACACAGCUGGAAAUUGCCAAGGUACUUAAAGGGAUAUUUGCUCAGGUGAAGUUUUAAUAUGUGAUGAAGUGUGUUCCUCUCCCUUCAAUCUGCACAUUUUGGGCUAGCUGAACAGAUGAACUGAGUUUUAUGUGACUCAAUCUUAUCCAGUCAAACUUGUGAAUUCACAGUGUAUUGAUGCUUUUGUUUUGUUUGACACUAAAUGUUCUAUGCCAGUCUUACUCUCGAUGAAUAUUACCGAUUUAGAAUUUUGGAUUGAAGCGUGGUGUAUGCGUGAGAGAGAAGAAUGGCAGUAAUACUUUGGGAGAGACUGAGUUACUCCUCAUUAUCAUACAAUUGUUAAGGUGAAUUCUCCUGGUUUGGACCUGAUAUAAGCAGAGAACGAAAACUCUGAGGUUAUUACUCUUGGUGAUUAAAUUGUGAGCUGAUACAGGGCUGCUCCCUUCUGUGCAGAAGGCCAGGAGGAAGAAUUUUAAUAAUGUAAUUAUCAUGUCCCGGUUCAGGCUGACAAGGGUGUAUUUUAUCUUGAACUGUGAACAGCCAAAUUAUCAUUGCCUUGAGCAUUUGUGAUUAAUUCGCAUAAACUUUGACCAAACCUUCAUCAAGACAGAUGGAUCAAUCAUAAUUAAACGAUAUUCAGGCAGUAAUCUACAAAUACAGAUGUAUUUGUAGGUGGACAAAUCAACCAUUUUAAUUCUGUCUUCCUGUAUAGCAAACACAUUUUAUUUUGAACUAAUAUUGUAGCCAUUCAGUAAAAUAAAAU